AUGGCGUUCUCUGGUCCGAAUCCCUCAAUCUGGGUCGGAGGCCUUGACCCUGAUCUGCAGGAGCAGAGGCUAUACGAUUACUUUGUGCGCAUUGGCCCCGUCACCUCCGUUCGCGUUUGCGUAGAUUCUGCCACGCAGAAGUCUCUCGGGUACGGCUACGUGAACUUUCAGGACCCCGCGGAUGCUGAAAAGGCCCUCGACCAGGCCGGCACCAAGCUCGGCUCCCGAUACCUUCGCAUCGCCAAGAUCCAGCGCGACCCCUCGAAGCGGCGCUCCGGCGUCAACAACAUCCUUGUCAAGAAGCUCCCGAAGACCGUCGACACGUACGCGCUGAAGGAGCUGUUCAGCAAAUUUGGCCGCCUCACUGCUAUCGGUCUAGCAUGCGACGAGAAGGGUGAGUCCCGCGGCUACGCCCGCAUCUCCUUCGAGCGCGAAGAGUCCGCCGUCGAAGCUGUGAAGGAAAUGGACGGGAUGGAGAUGGAUGGCCAGGCGAUCGUCGUGGAGCGCUACCAGGCCCAGCAUCGCGACGAGCUGCUGAAGCAGUUCACGAACCUGUACGUCAAGAACCUCGAUCCUGCCGUUACUGACGAAAAGCUGCGCGCGUUCUUCGCCAGGUACGGUGCCGUCAGCUCCGCUAAGGUCCGAGACCUCGGUGGAGUGCAGAGCGAGGUCGGCCUCGGCUACGUCGCCUUCGAGAAGCACGAGGACGCCGCACGUGCUGUGGAGGAGCUCAACGGCAAGGAGUGCGAGAUUGCCAAGGCUGAGUCCACGCUUGACGUGAGCCGCUUCCGCUCUCGCGAGGAGCGCCAGCGCGACCGCGAGCGGCAGCGUCGUGAACGUGCACAGCAGCACAGCAAGUACCCGAACCUGUACGUCAAGGGCUUUGACGAUACUGUCACGAGCGAGCGCCUGGAGGAGCUGUUCCAGCGCUACGGCGAGACCGUCUCUGUGACGGUAAUGAUGGACAAGGAGACAGGCAUGUCUCGUUGCUUCGGUUUCGUGUCCAUGAAGGAUCAAAACGCAGCUUCGCAGGCCAUCCAGGAACUGAACGGAAGCACCUUCCUCUGCCCCCGCCCACUCUUCGUCACGUACGCCCUUCGCAAGGAUGCGCGCCGCCAGAACCUCGAGGAGCGCAGCAAGCAGUUCCGCGUGCGCCAAAAUCCAAUGGGCGGCCCGGGCAUGGGUGGCAUGCCGCCGGUAGGCUUCAUGGGCCCGCAGAUGUUCAACAGCGUCAACAUGCCAUUCAUGAGCCCACGCGUGCCGAUCAUGCCAAUGAACGGCAUGAAUGGUAUUGGCGGCAUGAACGGUAUGGGCGGCAUGAACGGCAUGAACGGCAUGGGCGGCAUGGGCGGCAUGGGCGGUAUGGGCACCAUGGGUGGUAUGGGAGGCAUGGGCCGCCCGAUGGCGCCGAACGCGAUGAGCCAGAUGCGCUCUCGCCCGAUGCCGCAGAAGCCCCCGAUGCAGUCUCUGAUGCCGCAGCAGCAUCAGCAGCCCCCUCCGCAGGGCCAGAACCUCGCAGCUGUGCUCGCCAACCUCAACCCCGAGCAGCAGAAAAACGUGCUCGGCGAGCGUCUCUACAGCUACAUUGUGCGCAGUCAUCCGUCUGUGGCCGCCAAGAUCACCGGUAUGCUUCUCGAGAUGGACAACUCCGAGAUUCUGAGCAUGCUGGACUCGCCUGUUAUGCUGGACAGCAAGAUCGCCGAGGCUCAGGAUGUUUUGAACCGCCAUAUGAGCGUUUGA